GGGCCGGUAAGGGCUGCUGUCGUGGGGUUUCGCCGUCCUCUGUGGAGAGGUGCUGCUUCUCCUCCGGGUGUUCGCUUGAGUUCGGCAGACCCUGGCGGUGAUCCAGCAGUGGUUACCACGCAGCGGGCGCACCUCAUCUUGGUGGGACAGCCAUCCGCCUUUAAGACCGCAAAGGUGUCGCGGGGCGGCGAGUCGCAGUCCGGUGACUCACAGGAGCCUGGGAGGAGAUUGGCACUCUCUUCCCCCGCCCUGCCGCGAUCCUCUGCGCCGCCGGCCUGCCUCCCGGCCCGGCUUCUGCUCAGCGGCAGCCCUCUGAGGGCACUUCACGCCCCGCACCUGGCCCUCAGAUUUUCAGCUUGAGAUCUGUGUGCUUGUGCUGAUUUUCCGAUGAAGUACAUUCUGGUAACUGGUGGUGUCAUCUCAGGCAUUGGCAAAGGGAUCAUUGCAAGCAGCAUUGGCACCAUAUUGAAAUCAUGUGGUCUGCGUGUCACUGCAAUCAAGAUUGAUCCUUACAUAAACAUAGAUGCUGGAACCUUUUCACCGUAUGAACAUGGUGAAGUUUUUGUAUUGAAUGAUGGUGGAGAAGUUGACUUAGAUUUGGGAAAUUAUGAGAGAUUUUUGGACAUCAGUCUCUAUAAAGACAACAAUAUCACCACUGGAAAAAUAUAUCAGCAUGUCAUUAAUAAAGAAAGACAUGGUGAUUACCUGGGGAAAACCGUUCAAGUUGUUCCACACAUCACUGAUGCCGUUCAGGAAUGGGUAAUGAAUCAGGCAAAAGUUCCAGUGGAUGAUGACAGAAAAGAACCACAAAUUUGUGUAAUUGAGCUUGGUGGAACUAUUGGAGAUAUUGAAGGAAUGCCAUUCAUUGAGGCAUUUAGACAGUUUCAGUUCAAAGCAAAAAAAGAGAAUUUCUGUAAUAUCCAUGUUAGUCUAGUACCACAGCCUAAUGCCACUGGUGAACAGAAGACAAAACCAACACAGAACAGUGUUCGAGCACUGAGGGGUCUAGGCUUGUCUCCGGAUCUGAUUGUCUGUAGAAGUGCAAAACCUAUAGAAAUGGCAGUGAAGGAAAAGAUUUCCAUGUUUUGCCAUGUGGAGCCUGAGCAGGUGAUAUUUGUCCAUGAUGUAUCUUCCACUUACCGAGUACCAAUCCUGCUGGAGGAGCAAGGCAUAAUUAAGUAUUUUAAACAGAGGUUAAAUUUGCCUAUUGAUGACCAUCCAAGUGAUCUUCUAAUGAGAUGGAAGAAAAUGGCUGACAGAUAUGAAAGGUUGCUGAAGGUAUGUUCCAUAGCUCUCGUUGGCAAGUACACAAAACUAAGUGAUUGCUAUGCAUCUGUUUUCAAGGCUCUGGAGCACUCCGCACUGGCAAUUAAUCACAAACUGGAUUUAAUGUACAUAGAUUCAACAGAACUUGAACAUUCUACAGAAGUGGAGAACUCGGUGAAAUAUCACCAGGCAUGGCACAAACUGUGCAAGGCAGAUGGCAUUCUGGUCCCAGGAGGGUUUGGAAUUAGGGGAACAGAAGGCAAACUCCAGGCUAUUUCCUGGGCAAGAACAAAGAAAAAACCCUUUCUUGGAGUUUGUCUGGGAAUGCAAUUAGCAGUUGUGGAAUUUGCAAGAAACUGUUUGAAUUGGGAAGAUGCUAAUUCUACAGAAUUUGACCCAGACACAAAAAACCCUGUUGUUAUUGACAUGCCAGAACACAGUCCUGGAGAUAUGGGUGGAACAAUGCGACUGGGGAAGAGAAAGACUGUUUUCAAAACACAAAAUUCCGUUUUAAGGAAACUUUACGGUGAUGAAAUGUUUGUGGAGGAGCGGCACAGGCAUCGAUAUGAGGUGAACCCAGAGUUGACUCACUGCUUUGAAGAGAAAGGUUUGAAAUUUGUUGGCCAUGAUACAGAGGGGAACAGGAUGGAAAUUAUUGAACUGGAGAAUCACCCAUAUUUUGUAGGAGUUCAGUUCCACCCAGAGUUUUCCUCAAGACCUAUGAAACCUUCGCCUCCAUACCUUGGACUGUUGCUAGCAGCAACUGGGACACUCAGUGCAUACCUGCAACGUGGAUGUAAAUUGUCUCCAAGUGACAGCUACAGUGACCUCAGUGAUGACAGCUCUCUAGAAAAAGAGUUUCCUAAUUCAGAAAAAGCUGAAAUGAUUGUAUGACAGCACAGAAAUGGAUGAUGCUGUUGAGAAAACUGGGAACAGUUCAAUACUGAAGAGAAGAAAGUAGAAGAGUAAGCUGCUUGUGAUCCUCAUAGUGUCUCCACCUAUCAUGUUGCUUUACUGAUGACAGUUUCUUGUAGCAAAACCAGUUCUGUAUAAAUGUUCUUUCUCUUUAAAAAUGACAAAAUGGUUGCGCACCUUAGCUGUAAUCAUUACUGAUCAUAUCCUGUGUUUCAGAGUGGUCUCAGGUAAAUAUGUAUUAAUUUGCUAGUUCACAACUGUUCUUGAUUUGAAGGAAGAUUUGAUUGUUUUCAGUUUGCCUUAGAACAGGAAGAUGCAUUGGUUCUUGUGAAGGAGAGGGAAUGCACUAAAAAAAUUUAAGCAAAAGUUGUUUUAUCCAUGAGCAGUAGAGAACUGUUUUGUUUUGCUAUUUAGCUUGUUGCAUAUAUAUAAUUUUACUUUUUUGCUCUUCAGUAUGUACAAAUAAAAAAAUUGUUGCUGUAUUUCAGCUCUUUGUGAUUAUAAAAAUUGAUGUUGGUUA